AUGUACAGGAGCUCGUCCACCCCAACCCCCAAGCCCGCUGUCCACAAGUCAGGGCCCUCUCUGAAGAUGUUCUUGCUGAUUCUACUUUUCCUGGGACUGGCAGAUGCCUGCAUCCCCCGGGAAGUUGCAACUGAAGAAAAAACUCCAGACUCCUUCCCACCCAGGACUGUCCCACCGCCGGGAGCGCGUCUCUCUCUCUCUCUCCCCUCCAGAGGUCUUCACCGGCUAAUCCCUCCUCAUCUUUCAGGUGUCAGACUCAGUGACAGUUCCUCCAAGACGCCUUCUCUGGCAUCCCCACCAGACAGGACAGAGGAAGAAAUAAAAAUCCUGAAACAGAUCCUCGGUUUGCUGAGCCUCCAGGUACUGAAUGAAGAAUCAAGCGACUGCAAGGAAGAAGUAAAGUUCCUCCCAACGGCCACCACCCCCAAGAAGCCGCUGAAGCAGAAAACCAGAUGGAAUGGGCUGAGAUGUGCCUACAUGAUGGUCACCUUCUUGUUCGUGUCCUACAACAAAGGAGACUGGUGUUACUGCCAUUACUGUAACCCGGAGGUGGACAACAGAAACAAUCCCUGCUGUGCCUUCUAAUUGCCCUUCUCCAUCUCAGCUCAACCCUCACGAGUCCUCCAUCUCCCAGCUAGUCGGUCUGGCCUCUGGGGAAACCUCCGUGUUCCUAGACUGCCGAUUUGGAGGGUAAUGCGUCGAGUCCUUUGAGGGAUAGUGUCUGUCUGCCCAGAGGCAUGGCCAGAAGGUCUCUGUGAGCAGAAGCGCUGAGAGAAGCUGAGUGAGCGUCCGCAGUGGUCUCCUCCACAACUCCUCUUUAGCCUUUUUCAACCCUUCCCCAAUGUUUCUGUAAUAAAAGGUACACGUGC